AUGGCUGCAAUUAAGAUGAACACAGCAUGGGUAGCCCCUUACAACGGAAUUUUUCGCCUCGACGCUGAUUGGUUCCCGCACGGUUACCAGAUCAGGUCCUUGCGUGCCUUGACGCCUGAUUCAACUCACGUUCAACUCUCCUUCCUCUCGGCGACUACACCGACACACGUUAUAUCGACUAAUGAGUUACGAUGGCAUAAGUUAAUCUGCCUUCUUUUCAGGUCAUUCUCGACAGACUAUUGGUCCAUCCCGUGCCAGCAUACCACUGGAACACGUCGACUAAGACAUACCAGGGAAUUUGCACAGGAUACGGGGCUAUCGGAUCAGUUCUCUCCCAGCACAUAUAUAGACCAUCGCGUGCCCACUAGGCAUGAUGUGCGAUAUGGGCGAUCCAUUGUUCAAAGAGAAGAAACAUCUUUCUCAGUCCUUCAAUCUUGA